UAGUCUUUACACAUUUGCUUUAAAAUAACCAUAAAAUAAACCCGAGAUAGCCCGCUUAUGCUCUAAAUGUUAUUUACAAUUUUCUCCAUAGAAGGGGCGCACUUAUUUUCCCUAGUGGGCGACAUUGAGAAGACAGUCUGUAUCGACCAAGCGUGCAGUUGCAGACCGAUCCUCAAUUUUUAAACGAUCUUUUAAAUCGUUCGCUUAUGAGCCGACAUGUUAUUUUAACGUGAUGUUUUUGUUAAGCAGAACAGUCCGAAAUUGAAUACAGAUAUAUCGCGAGGCCAAAGCGACGGCAGUUUAUUAGACAGCAAGCCGACCUGCUUUAGCUUGUUGUACUGAAUCUCGGUUUCGAGCAACAUUCAGGCCUGGGGUUUUGUCGGCUGCUCUCAUUUGAGUUAAGGUGAGGACGUCAUCAUGGUUCCUGAGUGAGACGUGGUCAGUGUGCGCUGGAUGGACACGACAGUGCUUCAUUUUUAUCUAGUGCACAUCAGCCACUUUCCCCACCUUUCCUUCCUCCUGCAAUUUGCCAUGCCAUGGUUUCGUUAAAUGUUAAACAACAACGUUGUCCCAACAUCACCAACCACUGGACAACAAACUGUCUCUACUUCAGCGUCAGAGCCCAGAAACCAACCGGCUCACAGAUGGAUUGAUGCCUGAAAGCAGUUACUGGCAGCUCUUCCCUCCUUCAAAGCCCAGCCUGCAUGGGGUGCUCAGCUCCAGCUUCCCCCCCGGCCCCGUGCCACUGGGACCUCCAGAAAGCCACCUGCCGGAGGGGGAUGCCUUGAACCGUCCUCUCGCCCCUAGCACUUCUGUAACGGACCUGUCUUUUCCCGGGCCACCCCCUCCCCCCCCGCCACCCCCCAAACGCCACUGUCGUUCGCUGUCGGUACCAGAGGACCUUUCACGCUGUCGGUACACCUGGCGGCCGAGCGCCUCCAAGGUCUGGACACCAGUGAAUCGCCGAUGUCACAGUGGAGGGGGCGUGGGGGGGCCAUGUCCGUUACGUGCCCCCAGCUCCUCUCUCAAUUCCUCGCUGCACUCUUCUUCCAGUCCCACCUUUUUCAGCCUGGCCCUCUCCCCGGAUUCUCCAUUGCCGUGGAAUUUCCCUUGGGACCCAAGUGACAGCGCCGGAGGCGGAGCCUGUUGCUGCUUCUUCCCUUCCCCAUCCUCAUGCUCCUCCUCUCCUUCGCCACUCCAUCCGCCGCCGCCCCCGCAACGGCGCUUCUCCCUCUCUCCCGUGCUCAUCCGCGAGGCCGCCGCACAGUUCCUGCCGCCACCUCCGGUGCCGCCGCAAAACGCAUCCCACCCUCCGGUGGUUCCCGCCUCGCCUUCAUCCGCCUGCAGUACUCCAUCUUCGGUGCGCCGCGCUCUUCCUCCUGAACUUCCACGGUGUCAUUCUCAGCCCUGCGACCUGCUCUUGCUCAAACCUGGCCUGAAGCGGCGCAGGGACCCGGACAGACCAUGUGCGCGGCCUGUGCUUGACUUUGCCAAAAUGACGCAGACUCGAAGCACAGACCCCCUCAGUUACAUGGAGCGUGGCAGACUGGCCUGCGGGGGAGACGUCUGUAUGGGCCUUGAGCCUUUCUUUGGAGAUUUCAGAGGCUCGUGUUCACCAGCUGAAGGUCUGGGAAGGACAAGUAUCGGGCCGUUGAGCGAAAGCGAUGAGGAGGAGGAGGAGAGAGAGGAGGAGGACCCUGAGGAACGUGACGGGGGACAAACGAGCGUCUUUGAAAGGGAUUGUACUGAACUGGAUAUCACCCUCAUUGAGGAGAACUGAAGAUUUGAUUUCCCCCUCACCUCCACCGCCAGCAUUCAGUCCUCUCCCCACCACCUGCUACUUUACACUGGCAGGCCUCUCAGGAACCCAGCCGACCCCUCGUGGGGCGCGCAGGCGUAGGAGCCCAUUAAUGCCGACUACUAUCAUAUGCAGGCAGUCAUGGACGCUGACCCAUCAACAUUGUACAUUCCAGAAUCAGUUGCUGAGACAUUCUGAAGGAUGCAAAUAUACUGCAGAAACCAGCAUGGAGUUUUAUGUGUAUCGGACGAACUCUUAAACUCAUCCUCAAACUGACACACUGGAGCUGGAGGCGAACGGGUCUCCACGUUCCUGCUUUCUUUUUGCGUCUUUCCUCUCGAAUCGUUUUGAUAGUAAGAAUAGACUAUUGCGGAUGAUGGUUAUAAAUAUCAGUGUUUCGUUCAGUCAAAAUAUAAAAAGGGCAGUAUGACAUAGCAGUAUUUUACUCUGCAGACCUUUAUACUUCCUGAUGAAGGUCCAUCUGAUUCAAACAUAAGCCUUAAGAUGCCUGUUUUUUUUCUUCCUCUUAAGCAAAAUAUUCCUCAAGGAAAUGAAUUGUGUACUGUGGCUGUUGUUCUGUUUUUUUUCUUUCUUUCUCUCUCUCUCUCUGCAGUCUCUUUAUUUUUUAAUCUGUACAAUGCAUUCCUCUAAAAUUGAAAUGUGUAUACAUUUAUCAAUGCACUGUAUUUGGGACAUUUAGACCGAAACAAAAUGAAUGCAACCACUGUAUACUGAAGGCACAUUGUUAUACUGUAUUGUACAGCGAGUAUUUGUUCAAAUAAGUUGUGUAAAGAUGGUAGCUUGAAGGUUGGAGACAGGCUAUUUCUGUCAUUUAGAGAUUUUUUUUAUUGUAUGUGUGAUAAACAAUUCAGACUCAGUUUAUGUAAAAAUAAAG